GUCGUGGCCGGUCUUUCAGUAUGUGAAGUGGGUCACUGUCUCCAUCAGUAGACAUUCUUUGUGCAUUUCGUCCGGCUGUACACAAACUAUACGGUGUACCGAAUUGAGCGCAUGCAGCCAGCUUUCUCGAACUCGAAUGCCUCUGAGAUUGUUCGCACGGCACUGGUGACAGUCCGGCUCUCAUGGAGCUGAUACUUUUGCCUUGUCAUCGCACCGUGUGAGUAUUCCCAUCUUGUGGCACUUGCUUGCAUUUGAGUACGACGACCGUGUGGCCAGUGCAGUCAGAUUGUACGUUGUAUGAUGUAACGCCGACUUUCCUCAGGAUGGAAGCAGAAGUCAAGCAGUUUUCAGGGUGCUGCGGAUCAAGUAUUUCAGCCCAGAGCAGCACCCAUGGACAAUAUAGGAGGGGUUCUCCUCGCGUCGCAGGAAUUAACGAUGACUGCGGUCUGCCUGAGAGGCUCCAGAGUCAGUGCACCGAGGCACUCGUCUGGGCACUGUUUGAGCAACCACGACGUCUCGCCGGUCUUCUGCGAGAGGCUAUCAACAAGCGUCCGGACGGCUCAGAUAGCCAUGAGGCUUUCGUGCCGUCCGUUGGCCGACCGUGCCACACAAGCGGCUUUUCGGACCGGGACGCAAAGCAGCCGGAGCCUGAGAAUGCACGCCAGACGGGAACUGAGACGAGCUGUUGCCCAUCAGGGUCGCUCUCACCGGAAGAAAUGCCGAGUGUGUGGAAGUCGGAGGCGAACAAGUGUGUUCCCAGCGGUGCGCCCUCUGCUCAGCCAGCCUCCGGGAGUUUACGAGAGGAAACGGGUCGAGGUAGUGAGGUGGACAGUUGCAACUCUGCGUGUACUUGCUCAUCAUGCGCCUUCAGUCUCGAGCGGUCUGUUCUUCAGCUCCGCAAGGCUGUUGAGAUGCGUUUGCUCAGAGUCGAUCAGCAGGCAGACCGCCUGGCGGACAACAUAGUCGACACUUACAACAAACUUUCUGAACUCGCCGCAGACCUGGACGACUUGGCAGAUGCGGUGAAGCAGGAUGACGCCGGAAGUCCCAUAUACAACUCGACGGGGGAAGGUUUUUCAACAGGCAUACACUGUUCGGGGCAAGCGCUGAGUAUCAACUGUGUCACACGAGCGAGUUCAGAGUACGAAAGCGUGGCGAGAAACCUAGAUUCCUGCCAACUCUUGCCGACAAACAGUGGAGACCAGCCAACCUUAAAGGCGGCAGUUAGCAGCCGUCUCUCGACCGGCUCUGAAUCGAACGGGAACCUGACUGAAAGCGAGGCUAUUCCAGGUGGUGGUCGUGGCACCUGUCCCGCUGGCAGUAACGGGGUCAAUCCCAGGGAGGGAGCCUUGGGAGGCAGCGCGGCUGGAAGCUUCUGCUCUGAAAAACAUAGCAGGGUUGAAUGCAGCCAUCCCGAAGCAUCUUCAUCGCCGAAUGCCCCCUUUCAUGCUUUUUUGUCUGCGCCGAUCAUCCCGCGAGCUGCGACUCGACCACGCUGGUGGCGCGGAGAGUCACAGAGCGACCACCGUUACGAGUUGUGCCUGAAAUGGAACCAAGGAGAUGAGGUCGGGCCUAUUACUUGCGUGGACGAGACAGCUUGCGGUGGUCACAAAGAUGCCAAGACCGACGACGAAGGCGUGAGAUUCAGCGAUGGCCAAGAAAGCGACCCGUAUCACAUGCAAAACCAGGACUUUUUUUCCCUCACGGACGUGAUAGCCCCGUUCAUUCGUGAGUCAGUUUCGCCGCGGCGCGUUCACGAACACACAGGUUCGUUCGAUACCCCUUCUUCAAGUAGUGUGACAAUGCCUCGUCAAACUGCGGGUCUCCCGAGACCAGAAGGUGAAGAGUAUGAAGGCGCGAAACGGUCAAUCGGUACCGAUGAGGACAGCAAGGGAGGAUGCUCGAAAGACGACACCCAGCGGCUUGAGGUGGACGAGGGCGAACAUCUUUGUAGUCUAUUAAAUGGCGGCGGUGGCAUAACGCGUUGGUGCUCUUUCGCGUCAAGAAGGGUUGGAGACUUCAAGUCUUUCACGAGUCGUCAGGAGGCACCCUUUCCAGCUUCAAUUCGAGCGUGUGAGGCACUGCUUUCGGUACCAGGCAGUAGGCAUAUUACAGACAGCCGAAAUCCGGCUAGAGGAGUGCCGUUCUGUGGCGUAGACGCGACCCCGUGGCUCGCUGCUGUAAACACCUCUUAUGCCGCUGGGAUCCCUGCUCUGAUGCUCCCUCAAAUUGUCCGAGGUCGCUCCCACCCUACUCGAAGUCGGUGGGGUGAAAUGCACGACACUGGCCGAGUCAUGGGACUUGCGUCGCGCCGGGGUGCUGGCUCCCCAGACAGUCAGAGAGACGGGGCAGCUUGUGCAGAAAGCAACCCACAGUCGGGUGUUCAUCUUGAGGACGGUAGUGAGUGUGAACCUAGCGUAUCGUUGCAAAGUCGAGACGACUGUGAGCAGCCAUGGGGACCGAGUUGUUCUGAGGAGCGGGUUCGACAGAGUUUGCAAAGCCAAGGACACAGCUCGCCGGCAGGAGCUCAAGCGGCACAGCUCGAGACGAAACAGAGUGCUGUAAAAGGAAGAGGACCCCCGGUUGGGUCUACGACGAUGGGCGCGACGAUGGCUUUUCCACAUGUGAAAGGCGUUACUUACAAUAGGAUGAAGAAGUACUGGAUCGCUCAGUGGAUAGAGAAUGGCCAGUCGAAGGUGAAGUAUUUCUCUACUUUCAAGUACGGCGACCAAGUUGCGCAUGACCUGGCCGUCGAGUGGCGAAUGAAACAUUCGGGACGUUGCACCUCCAGAGAUGGUCGUGUUUCACAGUCAAGCAGCGAAGUCGGCAGUGCCAUCGGCGCUUCUGGGCUGGCACACGAUAGCUCUGAAGAGCCUCGCGCAUGCGAUGUCAGAGAGUUCCGGGAUCCGGGCGAUCUAGGGACCGCUGGACAGGGGCAACGUCCCGCAGACGAGGACUACGACCACUGUUCAGUCCGACCCCCGAAGUGUGCUAGUGGCACAACCGCUGUUCGCAGAAGAGGAUCUGGUCGAGGAUCUUGGCCAACACGCGCAGGGCAUGUUGGUGGGACGGCUCCAGGCGACAGAUCAGAGGAAGCCAGAAGCCCCAGUGGAGCAGGCGUAUCUCGUCAGCUUCCACCUCAUCGAAGCAAUGGCAUUGUGGGAGUUUCGUUCUCCCGCACGGGCAAUGCAUGGCUCGCGUACAUCAAGAACCGCUUAACGAAGACUCAGCUGAACCGCUACUUCAAGGUGAACGUCUAUGGAUUCAGACUGGCGAAGAAGAAGGCGAUAGAGGCGCGAUUGGAGUUGGAAGAACGAAUGCGCAACAGCAAUCAAUCUGGUUGGGACUCCUUCAGCGACCGCAAAUCCUUAGCUGUCGGCGUCUAUUAUGAAGAUGAGAACGACUCUUGGGUGGCAUGCUGCCGGCAUCCUCGAACUGGAGAAGGUAUCUACAAGUUCUUUCCGGUGGCCGAGUGUCCGGGUGGAGACUUAGAAGCGCGUGAAAAAGCUAUCGAUGCGCGCAUGGAUAUGGAUGACAUGCUGGGGGCAGACGACCAGCAGGCCCUAACCCAGCUAACUGGAGAGGUUCCUCGGCGGAAACGGAAACGUAAGAUGGAGGAUGAAGGGACCGAGGUGGUGCAAGAAGACGAGGGUGACGCGACCGUACAGAUACGCAAACGAAAUUGCCAAGAAGCGCCAGAGUACGUCGCAGAGGCCGGAAGUGACGUAGGGGCGAAGGUCAUGAGCCAGGCGGAACGGGAUCAAGGUGCCACAGGGUCGCUAGGAACUACUCAUGUGGGGGGAGAGCAGAGACUGAAUGGGGAUGAAGUGAACGAAACAAGUUCGGUUCAUCUCGACCCGGGUGCCACAGACGGUCGGGAUUUCCUUCGAAUCGAGCGAGACUGUGCAGGCGAGAAUGACAGCACAGGUAUUAUACAGCCCCAUGAAAGUGGCGCCCUUGAAAAAAAUGAUCCUGCAGAAAUGGCGGUUGACAGUAGUCCUCGUGGGCCAGAAGAUGUAGUAGUGAAUCUGAAGGAGAACUGUCAAGGCGAGAGAGAGAGAGAGCUAGUGGAUGAAGAGGAAGAUGACAGAGAUGCUCUUACAAAGAUACACGCUGUGGAGGCACCGUCAUCAGGAUAGCAGGAAGAUAAGGCGGUGUAAAAAGAAACAAACGAAGCACGCACGGACCAUCCUGACAGCUAACCUACCGGAGGCAUUGGUGGACCGAACCUUAACGGAAUGCGAUGCGAACACGAGCAUGAAGACUUGAGUGUAGAACCGUGGAGUACUGUGAAGAUUUCUCUCGAAGUCACUUAGCUACGCAGCUGUGGACUGACAGCCACAACUAGCCCUUUAACCGGCUUUUGUGGGUCCCUCCCCAUCGGACAUCGCAUUGCUCCGCUUAAAGAAAACUAGAAAACCAGAGGGGGGGGGGGGUCGAAACAAACGGAGCAGAUCAAGAAGAACCGUUAGCAUCUGGGUAAUGUAUGUGAUCGCCUUUGAGGCCAUGGCAAGGAAUGCAGACCCUAAAUUUUUCUUUGUACAUGGAAACAGGCUGGAGAGAGAUGACGAGGAUAGUGGUGAGAGGGAGCCUUCAGUUCAUGUUAUCGUGGGGAUCGGGAGGCGGCACCAGACGGGCUGAAAGGCUCCCCUAGGUAGCUAUUGUUUCCGUGCAAAUCGGUAGACAAUAUAUUUGACUGGGAUGGAUUCGCAAGAGAACGGAACCAGUGGAACGGCAUGCAGUGCUUCUUGCUCAUGAACGUUGACGAUCCGACUUACCGGACUGCGGUUGUGCUAAAGACCAAUAAUAUGAGUGCAGUAGUUUUUUGUUGUAUCUCAACUUCCACGGUGCCCUCCGGACACGGCGUUUCCGUAUAUCUCGGUCGGUAGACGGUGCAAGAGGAUAACGAUACGGCGGCAGUCAGCCCAGACUCGUGAAGCGCCGCGGAACAACGGAAUGGAAUUAUAUUGGAUCAGGAAGGGGCCCCGAGAGACAUACCAAGCAAACGCGGAGGCGUGUCUGUCGAGUAUCGUAACAGUACAGCUGUCGGAGCACAUGACGCACAGGCUGGUUUUUUUUCGAGCAUUUUGGAUUCGCGGCGGUAGCUGCUUGACAGAGUGCCACAAUGUAUGACACUUGUCGAAAACGACGAGAGCCACCCAAGGAGUCCCUCAUUUACCGUGGUUUUUGCGCUGCGGUCAAACUGCCGACACCGUAAGUCUUUGCACCAUGCUGCGUCUGUUGUGUGCAGUGAGCAGUCCCGGGCGCAGGACUUCGUUUCAAACCAUAUUAACUAUGCACCAUUAUUUGUCGGCAGUAGCAUGCUUGUCACCUUCCUCAAUUACGUGUUCAAAGGUUCAGACAUUCGCGCGUGGAUUACCCUCUGGUCACCAACUGUUUUUUCGAGUGGUGAAGCAUGUUCGUGGUUUUCAUAAGAGGACGUUUGCGAGAGACUGCCUUCACGCAGUGGUUCGCUGAUCUCUGUACAUGGUUAAGGUGAUGCCUGUCCCGAAAAGAUCUUCUCAGAAACGAAGAGAGUGCUGCAUAUUUCAGAGAGGUUGCAUUUAGCUGGCGCGUCUGUUGGGUUUUUGGAAGAUGUGUUUUCAAAACGCAUUCCGACAUCGGUUUUUGGUGUGGUGUGCAGCAUUCGUAAACAGUUGGUUUGCCUGUAUCUCAUAACUGAAGUUAUCCAGUAUUCUAGGGACUACAGUGUGUCUGUUUAUUCAGUUUGAGCUACGUAGUUGUCGGCUCCGGAUCAUUUAUACAGAGACGCUUGUACUGUUACAUUGAGCCCAACCUUACCUUCGAUGAGCGUAUGUGCUCACACUGCUAUAAC